UAUCGCAUGCACAAAAAUUAUGUAUAUUCUGCCUCAGUGAGGGCUCAUUUUGUCUGCGCAGCGAAGUUAUUGGGAGAAGAAAUAAGUGACACAAUGUGUGUAUUCUGUUAGAUUGAAUUAAGAAAUUCAAAAUUAAAUAUUUGCAGAUUGUUUGCAAACACUGUUGAUAGCACAGAAAUCUUCCUUUGAACAUCAACACAAUUUUAUAGUAUAAAAUCUUCACAAUGACAAAAGAUUUACAACUCCCUGUGCAAAUAGCACACUAGUGCGAUUUUUUCUUAACACUCCCUCGCAGUGAUUUAGAAAAAUUUGCACUCGUGGUGCAGAAAAUGUUUAAUUAGCAAUUAACGAGUUGUGGGUGCUGGUGCAAAGUUUUUCCAUGUUAUUUCCGCAAAAUAAAUUUUGAGGAAAGAAGAAAUUCCGAGGAAAUGAUUAGAUAGAGCAAUCUGGGUGAUAUUGAUAGCACCACACUCAAUAUGUAGGUGCAAGAAAGUCUCAUCAGUUGAAUUUUAAAACUCGACUUGUAAUUUAGUGGGAAAAAUCAUCCAUUAGAAUUAUGUUGAAGAUUUUAGCUGUUUUAGCUAUUUUUGUGGGAUUUUCUCAUUUUUCUCUCGCGGAUAAUUGUCCAGUUGAAAAAAAUGUCGUUGUCUGCUAUUACUCCAGUUGGGCUGUGUACCGAAAAGCUCCUGCAACAUUUCGUAUGGAGUUCAUUAAUCCAAAGUACUGCACCCACCUUGUCUACACGUUUGCUGGAUUAAAUUUAGAUGGUGUUAUGGAUACGCUAGACUACCACAACGACAUUACCAAUGGCGGGUACAAAGCUUUCACGGGGAUCAAAGAAAAGUAUCCAUGCGUGAAGACUCUCCUUGCUAUUGGUGGAUGGAAUGAAGGAUCAGAAAAAUAUUCCCUCAUGGUUGAGACAGAGGAAUCAAGAGAAUAUUUCGUGAGUCGCGUAAUGCGCUACCUUGUUCACUUUGGUUUCGAUGGGUUGGACAUUGAUUGGGAAUAUCCAGCCCAUCGUGGUGGAAUCCCAGCUGACAAGGAGAACUUUGUGAAGCUUCUGGAAAUGCUGAAGGAGCGUCUCAAAGCUCGGAAACGUCUCCUAACAGCCGCUCUGGCUGCUCCAAUUGGGAUCAUAAGUGAUGCCUAUGAUAUUGCGGAAGUGUGCAAACAUCUUGACUUGGUGAUGAUUAUGGGGUACGAUAUGAACGAGGCAAACAAGACAAGCACGCACUCACCUCUGAAACGCGAAUCAACGGAACACACCAAUCGACCCACCGUUGAUGCCGCAGUUCAAAUAUAUGCGCAGAAUGGUUGCGAUAAGAAGCAGCUAGUGUUGGGGAUACCGGCAUACGGGAAGUCGUACACGCUAGCAGAUAAAACCAAGAAUGGUAUUGGAGCCAAUACAAAAGGUCCCGGGAAAGCGGGUCCCUACCUCAUGGAACCAGGAUUUCUGGGCUACAAUGAAAUUUGUGAAUUCCUCGUGCAGGCCCCGUGGACGACGGUUCAUCUGAAGAACAAUGCCGUCAAGUAUUCAUACAACGAAGAUCAAUGGGUUAGCUAUGAUGACGCAGAAACGGUAACGGUCAAGGCUCAGUACGCUAAAACUGAAGGAUUAGCGGGGGUGAUGAUCUGGACAAUUGACACGGAUGAUUUUCACGGAGAUUGCAAUAAACAAGCCUACCCACUACUCUUUGCUGCCAACAAAGCCCUUGGACGUCUUUGAACAUCAUCUGCAAUAUUUUCUGUUUGAGUGAAUUUAAUUAAAUAAAAUUCCACACACCAAUGCAAAAAGAAAGAAA